AUGCGCUUCCUUCUUGUUUACAGCCUCUUCGCUGCGGUCCCACCGGUAGUCUCGUCAUGUAUAGAUACCAGAGCAGAGACCUCUUUGAGUGGUACCUUCGACCCAUCUCUAUUCGACAUGAUCCCAGAAUGCGCGCGAAACUGUGUGGACAACUUCAUUGAAUCCCAGUAUACGUCCACCGAGUGCAAAAUGUCGACGGAUGUCGAGUGCCUAUGUCGGACGCCGUCAACAGAUGGCUUCACGCUGGGGGAAGCUGCCCUGAGUUGUGCUUUGUCUUUGUGCUCUAAAAAGACCAUCGAGAGCACGAAUGCAUAUCAUAUAUGUGACUCAGUGCAUGGGGCUGUUCCGGCGAUGCAUGCUACUAUUACCGCAACGGUUUUCCCGGCUGUGCAGACCACGACGGCGACUGAUGCCACGGCGACGGAGGAGCCAACAAAAACAACUUCUACUUCUACUUCCGAACAGACUUCAGAUAUUUCACCUUUUACGACAUCUACGACUUCAAACGGUUUUCCUGUUACCACACCUCAGAAUACAGCAACAGCUUCCAAUCCGUCUUCCGCGAAGGAGGAAGAUCAUCAUACCAUUUCUCCCGGAGCGGUUAUUGGCGUCUCUGUGGUUUCAGGCGUGGCAGGAUCAUUUAUAAUUGGCAUUGCGGUAUUCUUUUGUUGCAAGCGGUACAGGCGUGGGAACCCCAACGACUCCGAUCAAGACUUUUUCGAGAUUGGCGGUGCCAUGACCGAGCCUCCUGGAUUUUCACACCCUUCAUCCCGGCAUGCCUCCCCAGACCCGACUCCAGAUUCUCCAUGGGACGAAAAAUAUGGCGCACCCCAAUCUGCAAGCCCGGUUCAGUCAGCCUCUCAGCCAACUUUUACCUCCGUCUCGGAAGUCAGCUAUGCAGGGAGAUCUCGGAAUCAGGAUCACAUAGGAGUCGCUGUAAGCUCUGAUUCCGAGUGGGCAGUCUCACCCAUGACACAGUCCUCUCAACGCACUCUGUCGGAGGUCCUACCUUACCAGACACCGGGGCUCUAUCCAAAGCCGUUGAAAUGGAGCCAUCGGCCAGUCAGUGGGGUGACGCUUUUCGAAGAAGAAGAAGAGGGCCAGCAAGUAACUCCGCCAGAGGAAAUUCGCAGUUCGCCGUCACGGUCACAAGCUCCAAUAGGGCUCCCCGCAAAUCCUCGUGCCGUGAAGGAGGGCUUUCCAGCAGGGAGAUUCCUGCGUGAUGCUGUACAUUCACAGAGCCAUCUAACAACACCAACGACCACCGCAAUGCGCGGGUCCUCAACAACAACCACAGACGCAAGCAGUGCCCUCGACGAUUUCAGAAGCUCGCCAUCGCCACACCUGUCCUCCCCAACUACACUCGCUACCACCCCUUCCAGCACAGCACAGGGCCGCAUCCUCAGCGGCAUGUUCCCCAGCAGGAAACCACCACCUCUGCCCCCGAAGCAACCACCUGCAAGAACUCUCGAUCCAGCAUUAGAGAUAAUAUCGCGGCCACGCAUCGUUCGCCAGAAUGAUAUCAAGCGCGUCCAGCUCCGGCCGGGGCAACCUCGUCCUCCUAGCGAGGUGGUCGUCCCCUACGACCCCGAAGAACUCUGGCUUGAACGAGGGCGUUCGUACAUGUCGCAAAAUGCAGUACUGCCAUACCCAUCUGCCGCGAGACGUGCUUCUGCGACGUAUCCAGACAGUCCGACGCGUGUGGAUCGUCGAAAUCCGCAUAGGCUGUCGCCUGAGAGUCGGAAUGUGGUUGUUUCACAGCAGGGCAACGAUUUUGUGCUCAGGGUGGAGUGA